CACACACGCUCAAGCCAUCACACUCGUCACACCCGCUCCGCGGAACCGCUGCUCACCGAUUCUCACCGAACCGUAACAUCCAAACAGCUCCAGCAUGUCUUCAGAAGGAUUAGGCGAGACUUUGGUGAUUCGCUUCGGGCUGAUAAACGCCGACAACAAAUACCUGACAGCGGAGACGUUCGGUUUUAAAAUCAACGCCUCGGCGAGCUCCAUGAAGAAAAAGCAGGUGUGGACCCUGGAGCAGUCCGGUGACCACGGAGACUCCAAUGCCGUGUUCAUCAAAAGCCACCUGGGUCGCUACCUCGCCACCGACAAGGACGGCAACGUGACGGCGGACAGCGAGCAGCCCGGCCCGGACUGUCGGUUCCUCGUGAUCGCCCACGACGACGGCCGGUGGUCCCUGCAGUCCGAGCCCCACUCGCGCUACCUGGGCGGGACCGAGGACCGGAUCGCGUGCUUUGCGCAAAGCAUCUCGCCUGCGGAGAAAUGGAACGUGCACCUGGCCGUCCACCCUCAGGUGAACGUGUACAGCAUCGCGCGCAAGCGGUACGCGCACCUGUGUGCCGAGAGGAGCGAGCUCGCCGUGGACCGCGACGUGCCGUGGGGCGUGGACUCGCUGCUCACGCUCGUCUACCUGGAUCACCGGUAUCACCUGCAGACCGCCGACAACCGCUUCCUCACGUGCAGCGGUGCCCUGACGGCCAAACCGGGCACGGGCACCGGGUUCACGUUGGAAUUUCGCGCGGGGAAGGUGGCUUUCCGGGACGCCACGGGCAAAUACAUCGCGCCCACGGGCCCCACCGGGACCAUGAAGUCUGGCAAGAGCGCGCGCGUCGGCAAAUUUGAGCUGUUUGUCCUCGAGCAAAGUCACGGGCAAGUGGUGCUUACCGCCAGCAACGAGAGAAACAUCUCCAUGCGCCAGGGGGUUGAUUUAUCAGCCAAUCAGGAUGAGGAAUCUGAUCAGGAGGUGUUUCAGAUGGAGAUGGACAGGGAGACAAAGCGCUGUACCUUCCGAUCUUGCAAUGGGAAGUAUUGGAGUCUCACCCCAAGUGGAGCGAUCCAAUGCUCUGCCUCCACUAAAUCCCCCAGUUGUUUCUUUGACCUUGAGUGGAAAGGGUCAAAAGUCGCACUGAAGGCCAGUAAUGGUAAAUACCUGGCAGCCAAAAAGAACGGACAGCUGGCGGCUGCUGUGGACUCCGCAGGUGAGCAGGAGGAGUUUGUGUUGAAGCUCAUCAACAGGCCAUUGAUUGUGCUGCGUGGGGAACACGGCUUUAUUGGUUGCCGCAAACAAGGAACUGGAACACUUGAUUCCAACCGCUCAUCCUAUGAUGUCUUCCAGUUAGAGUACAACAACAAUGCUUACAGCCUCAGAGACUCAGUGGGGAAGUAUUGGACGGUGGAGGCAGAUGGCUCUGUCAUCAGCAGCAGUGACACACCUGUCUAUUUCCACUUUGAGUUCUGUGAUUAUAAUAAAGUGGUCAUUAAGACAAAGGAGGGCAAGUAUCUUAAGGGAGACCAUGCUGGGGUGCUCAAAGCCAGCGGUCAGGCGAUUGCUGAUGCAACAUUGUGGGAAUACUGAGAAACAUUCAGCAAUCUACACACACAAACAAACAUGUGUGUUCUCUAAACCUAUACUUAAACAUAACACAUUCUCUACAGCAUAAGCACAUGAUAACAUACAGUCCAUAUCACACAACAUACAAAAAUAUCUCAACAUAAUCUAAUGGAUCAAGGCACAAAAACACAUUUGAAUGUAUAAGUAUAAGCAAAUGCACAAAUUAGCUUAAACUUUAAAACUCAUUAAAUUAAAUAGUUCAGACAAAAUUAUGAAUUCUGACAUGAUUUACUCAUCCUCAUAUUAUUGAAACCUGUACGACGUUUUUUUCUGUGCAGCAUAAAAGACACUAUUUUGAAGAACACUGGGGUGCAAACCCCCAAAAAUGCAUUGGACCCUUUUGAUUUUUUAUUUUAUGAACAAAAAUACAAUUGAAGUCAAAGGGAGCCAAUACUGUUUGGUUAUCAGCGUUCUACAAAAUAUCUCAUUUUGUGUUCAGCAGAAGAAAGAAAUGGAUACAGGUUUGG